GCCGCCGGCCAUGGAGCGCUUCGGGGCGGCCUUCGCCUUCCCGGAGGCCGAGGAGGCGGGCGGUCCCCCGGCCGGGGCAGGCGGCGACCGCCCGGCGCGGCAGCAGGCGCGGCACUACCAGCUGCUCUCGGAGCUGCAGGGGCUGGUCAAGCAGCUGCCCAGCUCCUCCCAGCAGAGGCUGUCCUACACCAUCCUCAGCGACCUGGCCUUGGCGCUCCUCGAUGGGACGGUCUUUGAGAUCGUGCAGGGCCUGCUGGAGAUCCAGCACCUGACGGAGCGAAACCUGUACAACCAGCGGCUCAAACUGCAGACCGAGCAUCGAGCCCUCAAGCAGGAGAUGCUCCGUAAGCACAAGGAAGACCAGCAGAGCUGCCAGACUCACAACCUGCCCCUUCUGAAGGCCGCUCAGCAGCGAGAGCUGGAGGCCAUGGAGCAGCGAAUUCAUACCGAGCAACGGAUGAUGGACGAGAAAAUUGUCUUGGAGCUGGAUCAGAAAGUGGUGGACCAACAGAGCACCCUGGAGAAAGCGGGCGUCUCUGGCUUCUACAUCACCACCAACCCGCAGGAACUGACGCUCCAAAUGAAUCUGCUAGAGCUCAUCCGCAAGCUGCAGCAAAAGGAAUUGCAGCCUAGAAAGCCUCCUCCUUGAGAGGGAGGCACCGGAGGACCUCCCGCCACGCCCCGCACUGACCCUCCUGGUCUCGUGGAAGAGUAGAUGACACAGCACGUUGCCUUUAUUAAAGAGGCUCAGCUUGCCAGAGACGAAGCAAGGCAGGGCCCUGGCAGCCCCUCCAAGCAGAGGAGUUCAGCUCGAGUUUGUGUUUGUUUAUUGCCUCUCUUGGGAUGGGGUCAUGGUUGUUUGUUUAUAACUUUUGAGGAAUUUCCAAAAUAUCUCAAGGUUGAUAUUUUGAAAUUGUAAUAUAGGAAAUACAGGCUGUGAAAAAGGCAAUAAA